AUGCCAACACUACUAUUGUAUAUUUCAGUGUUUGCAGUUGCUGAUCAGCCAUACGACAUCGCUAAGCGUGAUGCAGAAAGUGCCCUCUCCUUUACACCAAAAAAAUUAGGACGUUUUGCAAGGCACACUUUGGGACCACAAGGUGGAAUCUCGUUUGAGUUUGCGAAACGCACACCUCUCGGAAGAACAGGAUUGCCAUUCGCUUUUGACGAGCCAUCGAUUGAUGAGGAACGUUUCGCGAGAUUCGCUCGGGCAGCAUUUGCAUUCGCAAAACGUUCACAAUUUGCGUUCGCCUAG